CCAAAUCUCACAAACCGUAGCGCCGCCUGUUGUUCAAUUUGCCACGGAACACGAUCAUAAUAAUGUCGAAAGAAGGUGUUGGAGGACGAUUUAAGCCGAACGAAGGCGACUGGGUCUGUGGUGACCAAAAAUGUGGAAAUGUUAAUUUUGCCAGAAGAACAGAGUGCAAUAAAUGUGGAGCCAGCAAGAACCAAAUUAUUAAGAAAGAUGGAAGUGUUAUUAAAAAAGGUGGAAGUGAAAUUGGUAAAACAAUGGCUGAGAAGAGUAAAGGAUUGUUCAGUGCCGAUGAUUGGCAGUGUAAAAGCUGUGGUAAUGUAAACUGGGCACGUCGUAUGACCUGUAAUGUUUGUAACACACCUAAAUAUGGUAAACUGGAGCAAAGAACAGGUUAUGGAGGCGGUUAUAUGGAAAGAGAUGAAGUCGUUGAAUACAAAGAAAAAACAGGCGAUGAUGAUGAAGGGGAUUAUGAUGAGUUUGGUAGAUUAAAGAAAGGUAAAAGAGGAAAGAUUGGACCGGUUCCUUCUAUAAUAUCAGUUAAACCACCAAUUGACGAUGAUGAUGAAGAAGAUGAUGAUGAUGAUGAUGCUGAUGUUUCCAAAUAUAAAUUAGAAUCGGACGAUGAAGAUGAUGAUGAUGCCGAUUUAUCUAAGUAUGCUUUAAGUGAUGAUAGUGAAAGCGAUUCAAAACCCAACUCAAAAACCAAAUCUAAAAAAUCUUCUCGCUCAAGAUCAAGUUCUUCAUCCAGUUCAUCGUCAAGGUCUCGUUCUAGAUCCUCCUCAUCACGUUCUCGAUCCAGAAGGAGAAGUUACUCAAGGUCAAGGUCAAGGUCAGUUGAAAGGUCAGAUAAAAGAAGAAGAAGAAGAAGCUCGUCCUAUUCCCAGUCACGCUCCAGAUCCAGAUCUCCCAAAAGCAGAAGGCGAUCUUCCGGAUCCGGUUCCCAUUCCAGGAGGUCAAGGUUUGAGCACAGGGGUUAAAGAGCAACUAGUCUCUUUUCUUUUAAACAGAUCUUGGAUAAAGACAAGUGGGGAGAGGAUGGUGUAGUGUAUAUGGUUUAGACCAUAAGUUCUGUUGGGGGGGUGGGAAGGGGCUGAAUGGUUGAGUCAAGUGACAUGGUUUCGAUUCCCACCUUGUACCUAACAAGGAUUAGGGUCAUCUGUCCAAACUGAUGGAUUUUCCCCGGGUCCACUGGUUUCCUCCCACUGCUAAAAACCCCUAUGUACCAUAACCACAUAUUAGUCCCAGAAUGACACAGUUUGUGUUGAGUGGACUUAACCCCAUCUCUCUCUCUCUCUCUCUCUCUAGCUCUCUCUCUCUCCCCCUCCCCUGUAUGUUUCUCAAUCAGAUAUUUAACUUUUUGAAAAGAAGCAAGGUAGGUAAUUAUCCCCUCCAAAUAUAUAUACCUCGUAUUGGAGAUAAAGUUUUAAAACUGAUGUUAUAGGCUAACCUAAUCUUGUUUUUAAACCCAGUACUGACUCCAUACACUUGGUAACCUUGUUCUUAGGCCUAAGGUUAACAUGAACUUUGACAUGCUUGUUCAAGAUUUUUAAUAUGAAAUCUAAAUUCCAAGAUGGUUCGUUCUUUUGCAGCUUUUUAGGUCAUUGUUCGGACUGUACAGUAGAUCUCUUUCUCUUUCUUAUUAUAUUGUUUGAACGAAACAGAUUUUAAUGAAUUAGGGGGCGGGGGGUCAUAUAAAAGUAAAUUACUUCAAUAUUUUUAAUUAUUCUAUUCCUUUUCUUUCGUUUCAGAUCGUGAAUGGAGUCAUGGAAUGAAUAUCAACCACUUGUUAAUAAAACAAAUUCAAAUACAAUUUUAAGAUUUAAAAUAUAAUCAACUUUUUUUAAAAGAUUAAAUAAAAGCUAGCAUAAAAUAAAUUGAGGUCUGGAAAGGUUUAACUAAUAUUAAUUAUCAGUUUAUUGCUAUUUAACAGUCUAAAAAAAGCGUUUCGUGGGUUAAUAUUAUUCAGUAUAAAACUUUAUUAGCGUUGCAAGUUAUUAUGAAGUGACCGGUAUCGCACACAUAUUUCUGUUGUUCAAAACACCUGUUUCGAUUUUACCAUGUGAUCAUCAGUUAAUUUGGCAUAUUCUCUUGGUAUUAUUCAGUUUUAAACUUCAAUCGUGGGUUAUUUGGUUAAUAUAAUACAAUACAAUAUAAAAUCUGAGUUAUUAAUUGUGCAUAUUCUGUUAAAACGGUAUUUGACCAAUUAAAGACUAUAGGAAGAAUUAGACAUGGAUCUACCAUUGAACCUUGAAUAUCAUUAAAAUAUAUAAAUAGUUUGCGUAAAUAACGGCUAUAAAACGUUUCUAUCGAUAUCUGAGAACAUUUUGUGACAUCCCGGUUUUUAUCUUAGGAAGCAGCUGACUAUUAAAGUUUGUUAAUGUCACUUUGAGGGUUUUUGAAUACCUUGAAUAACUACAAUGUAGUCCGAGUUGAAUCUCUGAAAGCAAUAUCAGUCCAAAAAUGAUUCAGUUCCGUUAAGUAUUUACAAAGAUACAAUCUGAUUAAAACACAGAUCUUAUUUCGUUUCAUUUUUUAUAGUUCAAAAUUUCGUUUUACUUGGGGGGGGGGGGGGGGGGGAUUGCCGAAUGGUUAGCACGUGUGCUCUGUAUCAUAAGGCCUGUCAUUGAGUCAACUGCUGUGGUUUCGAAUCCCUGGUUGUACGUGACAAGGAGUAGGGUUGCCUGUCCAACCGCGUGGGUUUUCUCGGGGUCCUCCGGUUUCCUCCCUCUGCUAAAGACCCCUACAUGCAAGCGAAUUAUUGAAAUAAAAUUAAACCGUUUGCUAGUCCUGAAAUGACCUAGUUUGUGUCGAGUGGGCGUUAAACCCCAUUUCUCUCUUUCGUUUUACUUGUCUUUACUGCAUUAGGGUUGUUGUUGUUUAUUACAGAUUUAACGUCUAAUACAUUAAAUAUGAUAUUAUGAACAGGAAGGAUCUGGUAGAGUUGUUAUAUAACCUGCGUUCUGGUUGAUGUUUUUGGCGUACAGUGCACAGAACUCUGGGUAUCCCUCUAGAAACAUCAACGCUGAUUGGUUAAUCAAAUGUCUGACGUCAUAGGUACAAAAGCCACUUGUACGACCGCAGAUGCGACCUUCCACUAUAACCAGUCAGAUCUUCAUUUCGUGGAGACCAUCGAAAGUAUAAAAAAACAAAACGAAAUAUACAUCUGUAUUUUAAUCAGAUUGACUCAAAAUAUGAUGAAAUUCAAAUUUUGUUACAUUUGGUAUUUUCUGCAAAAGCCAAUGAUACGUCACUUUUGACGGAUCUUUAUUUAAUCCGAUAGAAUACAAGCCAGGAGAUUAUCUACCUUUGAUAAAUUGAUUUAUUUUUCUUAAUUAAAUUUUAAAUACUGGUAAUCAAUUAUGCACAUUUUUUGUGUUGAUUAAAGCGUGAAAAAUUAGAUAUUGUUCACAAAAGCGUGAUCGGGAUCGCUGACUAUAAAGAAUUUAACUGCUGAUUGGUGAACGAGACAGUGGAUUAAUAGAACACAAGUCCAUAUGCCCCCCUUUUACGAUUAUUUGUUUUUUGUUAAUGUCGUUUUUAAACAUAUUUGUUACAUAGGAAUGAAAUACAAAGCUUUCUUGCCAGUAAAAUUAGACAAAAUUUGGAAGAGUUAUUCCCCUUGACACUCUUUCAAACCCGACAUUGUUCCCUGUUGAGGAUAGUUAUGUGGCUUUGUCAGUGUAGGUAUAUAUAGAGUAGAAUUUGCUUGUAGUUAGAAUUUAGGGAAAGAUAUUAAUAACAAAACAUUGACUUCAGACAUAUUGUCACGGACCCAAAAUUGUUGAUCAGGGUUAUUCCCCUUAAAACAUAUUUUGGGGGAUACUAGAUUGAAUGUUCCGGAAUUCUCUCAAUCUCAAAAAUAAUGACAAUUAAGUGAAAAGGAGGGUUUCGGGCAAUAAAACAUGUGCCGACUGCAUAAUAAAAUAUCUCAACCAACCAUGACAGCUGAAAUUAAGUCAUGAUUCUACUUACACCACCUCCGUGUCAGGACGUUUCGAACUGACUUCCUUGUCACUCGUUUGCAAUUUGGAAUGUUCCAGACUGACAAUCGCGCAUCCCCUUUGUUAGUGUGUUUAUUUUGGAAUAGAAUUUGCUUGAAAUAUGGAAAGAUAAUAACAACAAUACUUAUUUCAUACAUAUUGGCAUAGUAGAAAAUUAUUGUGAAGAAUUCUUCCCCUUCAGUUAAAACCCUUUAACAAGAUAUUGGUAAUUACUUAUCAUAUGUGGGUUGUGGCCGGAUGGUUUAAUGCGAGAGUGUUAGAUCAUAAGGUCUGUCAUUGAGUCAAGUGGCGUGGUUUCGACUCACCACUUGUGGCCUGUCGUAACUCGUGGGUUUUUCUCUGGGUUCUUCUGGUUUCUUCCCACUGCUAAAGAUCCUAACGUGCAAGUAAAUUAUUGAAAUAAAAAUUGAACCAUAUGUUAGUCCCGAAAUCACAAGUGAGGCUGAGCCUUGAUUAACAAGUAAUGUUGCUAUGAUAAUAAUAAACAAUCUAUGUCAAAACUUCAAACCUUGAUAAUAAUAAUAAUAAUAAUACUAUAAUGAAUUUAUAAAGCGCCUGCAUUCCAUUACAAAUUACUGCUCCGCGGUGCUAUUACAUUUUGUAAAAAUGGUAAAUGCAGAAUAAAUAAAAAUGAAUUAUACAUAUAAUCACAGAAAAUUUAAGAAAUAUGAAGUUAUUAAAAUGACAGCGCAAGCAUUAUAUAAAUCUUAGCUAAAAAGUUCAGUUUUUAAAAGUCAUCACAAUCGCUAUAUUAUAAAACUUUGUUAACAAGUUCAAUUUUUAAAAGUCAUCACAUACACUCCAUAAAACUUUGCCUAAAAGUUGAAUUUUUAAAAGUCAUCACGAUCACUACAUGAAAUUUUGGUUAACGUCGCUCAGAAUAAAGUAAUUUGAAUGAAAUUUGGAAUUGUCUAUUUUGGAACUAUUAUAACAAGAACGGCCAGCUCUUUAUCUAAAUCUUACAUAAUGUAUCUUUAAUAAGAUUUUGUUUAUGUUUUGUUGAUAGUAUUGUUAUGUGCCCCUGUUCUCAUCCCUAUUUCGCCUGAAUACUUUUGUACGAACUAUGUUGUUUUCCAUAUUUCCAUAUAUAGAUGCCUACAACUCAUUCCGGUGAUCAUGUCAUAGCAACGCACAAAAUUAAAUGAACUUAAAAAAUUGUCCAGGUUUUGAAUAAAACUACAGGAUCAUUAAAAUGUAAGAAAAAUCUUCUAAGUUAAAAACAUGACAUUAAAAUUAUUAUUAAUAUUGCUGAUAAUUCAUCAAAUUCUAAAUGGAUUUCGGCACAGUACUAAUGUGUGACAAAUAUUUAAAAGACAACCAUAAGUUCAACCCCUUUCACCUUUAAUAAUAAAUGAAGAUACAAGCUGUGAUGUUAUUUGGGUAACUGCCCAUCACUGUUUAGUGCUUAUACUGUAUUACAAAAAAAAAAAAAAAAUCAGGCACGAAAUAAAAGUUGUCAAUGGGAAAAAGAGUUUGGCAAUUUUUAGAGCAAAAUACUCUCAAAACUGCUUCACUCUAUAGUUGUACGGAUAGGAUAAAAAUAUAUUGCCGAGUAUGUAAAAGAACCCUUGACAAUUGGAUUUUGAUAAAGAGUAUGUGGAAACGGAGCUAUCUGAGCAAUAUACUCUGUCAGCUUUCUUUCAUACUACCGGUAUACAAGUAACUCUUAGAUGAAUACACCGAAGAAAGUCAUUAGAUUGAAAACUAAAAGUAUGUGUGUUGCGUUAUUUCAAUUGAUGACAGUUACCAUUAAAACAUCAGCCAGCAUCUUAAUUUAUUAAUAAAAUAUGAAAAGACAAGUAUUUAGGGUUGAGCAGGGUUGAAACUGUUUCAAUAAAAUAAUGAUUUAAAUAACUAAUCAAAUAUAUUGAUUAAGUUCAUAUAAUAAUGAAAUUAUAGAAAUGAGAUUGCGUAGUUGUAGAUAGAAUAUUGUUUAAUGUAAAUAUGCAACUAGAAUAAACAAAUUACAAACAG